UAAAACAUAUUUCCACUUCAACAAUUAAUCACACAUGAAAUACAGAAUAGUUUUAUUAUCCAAUGCUUUUUUGUGUCUUGCAUCUCGGGGGCUCUAGAGCUCCCUUAUCAUUUUAUGUCACAUCCUACUAUACUGAUAGAUUAUCGUAAAUCAAACUUUAUGUAAUUAUUUAUAAAUCGACAACUAUAAGAAAACUUGCAAAUACUUAAUAAUUCUUAUUGUUAUUUCAUAACACAUUCUGUAUUCUGAUCAUACAGAGUUCAUAUUUAGUAAUAUUGCAAGCAGUUUUGUAUUACAGUAUUUGAGAAAUUGUAACGUAGGAACAGAACUUAGAAACAAUUAGUAAAAUAAUAUAGGUAGGUAAAAAUAAAUGACGUAAGAUCACGUUUUUUCCAAGAAUAAAUUUACAGAAUAUAUAGAAAGGUGGGGUUAUCUUUCCUCCGAAAUCUCGAAAGGAUUUUUAAUCAUAAAAUAUUAUUUCAACAUUAGACAAAUGAGUAUAAUUAAGAAGAAUAGUGCUUCCACUGAAAAUAUAAAUGGACAUAAAGCACCUAGUGUAAAUGAAAUUCAGAUACCUGUGCCAUGGGGUCACAUAAGCGGCAUUUGGUGGGGACCAAUGGAAGAGCAACCGAUAGUGGCAUUACAUGGCUGGCAAGAUAAUGCUGGGACAUUUGAUACUUUAAUUACAUUAUUACCAUCAGAUGUAUCCAUUUUAGCCAUAGAUUUGCCUGGUCAUGGUUUUUCAUCCCACCUCCCUAGUGGACAAUAUUAUUAUAUGUUUUGGGAUGGGCUUUUUGCACUCCGUAGAGUUGUUAAACAUUACAAGUGGAACAAGGUGAAAUUACUUGGACAUUCUUUGGGAGGAGCAAUAUCAUUUCUCUAUGCUGCAUCAUAUCCUGAUGAAGUAGAGUUCAUGAUAAGUUUAGACAUUGCAAGUCCGAGCGUAAAAGACAUAACAAAAACUCCUACCAUCACCGGUGACAUAAUCGAUAAAUUUUUAAAAUAUGAAUUACUGCAAUCUGAUAAUAUUCCGUCUUACACGUACGAAGAAGUGCUUGAUAUAUUAGAACAAGCUUACAGUGGUUCUAUAACUAAAGAAAGUGCAAUGAUACUAAUGAAACGUGGUAUGCAGCAUUCCUCUGUACCUGAGCGAUACUUCUUUUCGCGUGAUCCAAGGUUAAAGGUUUCUACAUUGGGUACAUUAUCUUUGGAUUUAGUACUUGCAUAUGCCGCACGAAUUAAAUGCGCUUAUCUUAAUAUUCGUGCUGUGCCUGGAAUGAAAUUUGAUAUUCCUGAAAGUUAUGAUCAAGUUUUGAAUCAAAUAAAAAUAGGUGCUGAAAGAUUUGAAUAUCAUAAAGUGGAAGGAACUCAUCAUGUACAUUUAAAUAAUCCUGAGAGGAUUGCACCUAUAAUUAAUAAUUUUAUAAAUACUUAAUGAUAGAGAAAUUUAGAUGGAAAUCAUAAAAGUAAACAACAGUUAUGGUAAAAAUUAGUUUCAUGCAAGCUAUAUUAGCUAGUGGAAGUAUUUAAUUUAAAUAUUAAUUAUUUUAAUAAUUAAUUUCGUAUUUUGUAUGUAUUACAUAAUGUAUUAUAUACAGAUACUUGAAAGCAACAUCUUAUACUUUGAAUGAACUAAUUUAAUUUAGCAAAAGUAACAUUAAUUUAUAACGAAAUAUUUUAUACGUAUGUUUAAAGUUAAUGUUGAUCAUUAAAAAUUAUUUAAUACAAAUAUACUAUUUUUUUAAAUAGUAAUAAAAUGAAAGUAUUUUCAAAUGCAUCAACUUGUUUAUUCAAAAGAACAACUUUACAGAUAUUUUAAUAACAAUAUUGGUUUUUUCCAUUUUUUACUUCCCAAUUUAUGUGCGCGUCGCGAGUUACAAAUACCUCAAAAGAAUUAAUUAAUCUUUUAAAUGUUGUGUAAAAAAAAGCAAUGAAGCUUAUUUUGUAAUAUUUAUAGAUGCAUUAUUGUUUUAAUGGCUACUUCGUUCGGUUGACAACGGUGAUAAUACUAUAAUGACCCAGUAAUGCAGCGCAGUAAACUUGUAUCAGUUUAUGCUUUCAUACAUAAUUCGAUAGUAAAUGACCUCAAGGUGAAAUUAGGCUACCGUUACGUUCUAUUUUGUUGCAACUCUUUUGAAAUAUUAACAAAAUUUAUUUUGUACUUAAUAAUAGCAAGUGUCGAAUUGUAAUACGCCUAAGCAUAAGAUUGUUGUCUAUAAUUU